GUCGGGGGAGGGGGGUACCAAAGGUGCAGGAAGGUGUUGCAAAGGUAGGUUGAUGCCACAGAGCACUCGCAUUGACGUUUACGCGCGGAGAAGCGCGAGCCGGCGUGCAGGGGAAUCGUGAACAAACCGGGACCGGGACGCAACAGUCGCUCAGCAGACUUCGUGCUGGAAGUAUCGUGGGAGGUAUGGUUUCGCGCCUUUGUGACAUUUCAUGACUUGAACCCGGGAUACCUGUUUACGAGCGACAGCCGAGAAGACUCGUGGCGAAUCCAGUUAUCUGGGAUAUAUGUAAAAGAGGAGCAAAAAGAUGGAGGCAAUAGGAGAACCGUCGGCAUAAUAGACGAACUAGGGGUCAUCCGAUGUUUUUGGAAUACUUGUACCUGCUACUGAAAGAAACUCUAUCAUAUACUCAAGAUGACGAUAACGGCGUCCACGGAGAGGAUGGACACGACGAAGGAUCUUCCGAAGAAGAAAUUUAUCAAUACUAAUCUCUUGUCACUGAAGUUUUUGUUAUUCCUAUUUUUUGGUGGAAUGGGUUGCCUCUUCCCCUUUCUUCCUCUGCAUAUGACAGAAAAGGGACUGAGCAUCGAGCAAAUACGACUGAUCUCGAUGAUAUCACCAGCAAUUGCGAUACUAGGACCAUUGAUCGCCGCUCCAGUCGCGGACAAGUUGGCUGGUCAUCAAGGAAGAAACGACAAAUCGUCAACUGGUCGUUAUCUCAGGGUGAUGAUCGCCAUUGCUUGCCUUCUAUCUGCUCUCUUCUACUUUUUUCUACUGUUUAUACCCAGCGUGGAUGUGAUCGAGCCACCGAGGGAAAGGAGACCAGCGUUAAAGUUUAAUUGCGACCAAACAGGGGCUGUAGUACUUCAAGAAAGAUGCAAAGAUCAGUUAACUUGUCACAAAUGGUCCGACGACACCAGAGCUGGUCCGUUGCUCCUGGAGAGUUGCAAUUAUGCUUGUUAUCCUGUAGGGUCGAAACGGUGGCACUCUGACGAAAACGACGGCUCUCCUGUAUAUGGGACCACUGAUUCUGUUAUGGGCGUUCUUGAUGGUAGCGGCGAGACGACCGUGAUACCUCUUGAAACCGAAAUGUACGCCCAGGAUCAAGAAGAAUUGAAGAAGAUGAAGAGAUUUGUAACACAUGACAGCGAGCCACCACAUUUAUGCUUCAAAGAAGGCGACAACGUUGUCUGCCACGUUUACACCGAAUACUCAGAUAGUUUAGCUCUAAAUGCCACUCUAAAACAAGCUUUGAACAACGAGAGCGAUCAAGAAUGGUGUGCAUAUCCUUUGGCUGAAUACUUUGCAUGUCGUAUACCCCCAGAAUUAGAAGCCAGAAUGGCUGAAGUCGAUCAGAGCUGUUUCAUAGAAUGCGACUUGGUUGAUCCUUAUACUCUUCCAGACAGCGUCCUUGUAGAGAGCCAAUGCCAACAAAGAGAGGACUGGUCUGAAUUAGUAUUCUGGACUUAUUUAGCCAUUCGAUCAACUGCUGACAUUUUUCCAACAACAGCAGUGGCUCUGAUUGAUGCUGCAGUCGUGAUAGCCACCAGAGAAACAUCCUGUGGUCGUGGAGACGUGGGUCGUCAGUUGGCCUUUGGUUCACUUGGUUUUGCUAUCUUUGGCUCCUUAACCGGUUAUUUAUGCACCUUGAUUCAACAUUUCAAUUCUUUCUGUUAUUUGCCAAUUUGUAUGCACUCUGUAAUGAUGUUGCUGGCUGCUCUGGUGGCACUUUGCGCGAAUGGCAUGCCUCUCAGUCCACCAGAAUGGUGGUGGCAUACCAGAAGCGGCAUGCUGGCGCUUCCCAUGAGUGCUAUCAAGAGGUACGGCAGCGAAACUGCAGCACUGGUAAUUGUACUGAUUGUCAUGGGAACAUUUUGGAGCGCCAUGGACAGCUAUCUACCUUUACAUUUACAAAAAUUAGGAGGUGAUGAAUUGCCCAUUGGAGUAGCGAUGACUGUAGGAGCAGUAGCAGCUUUCCUAUUCCUUUGGAAAUCUGAGCAUCUCGUUGACUAUUGUGGUCAUAGUAAUCUUCUUAUCACUGCCUUUACUGUGUACAUUAUUAGGUUUACUGGUCUAAGUCUGAUUGCAGAACCCUGGUGGUCUCUAAUUUCAGAGGCCUUUGAAGUUUUUACUUUAGGAAUUAUGUGGGUUACUGCCAUUCUCUAUCUUAGACAUCUCGUUCCACGUCAUUUAACUGUGACUGCUCAAGCACUACCUGUGAUUGCACAUUUCUGCGUCGGUCGAUGCAUUGGAGCUGUGAUUGGUGCUUACAUCAAUAUUGAUAACUGUAAUAUCGUUGACUCGCUUAGAUUCGUUUAUCGUUGCAUGGCAGUUGCAGCUGCUGUUGUUGCUGCACUGUAUUUCAUCUUAUAUCAUGGCCUAUUGAAACCACGAUGUCAUGCACACAAUAUACAAGGUCCUCGACAACCGCCUACUGUUGUACAAGCAAUGAAUGGAAAUGGAAGUUACACGCCGCUCAGGGUCUACCACAACGGUAUGGGCAGAAAAGGUCAAUUUCGCUACUAAAGGGUUAGGAAAGAAAAAGGAAAAGUGUUAACGACACUAUAAAUGUUACGUUACGGUGCUAGUGAUUAGACUAUCAUUGUUAUUGCGAUUAAAAUGAAAAAUCAUCAUUGUUAUGCGACACACGUAUGAAAGUACGUCUCUAUUGUGCAGCUUUUAGCAUUUCUCUGCAUUUUAACUAAACUUUCAUCAUAAAAUUGCCCUUUUAUACUAUCAUUGAUUUUCCUGCAUACAAACCAUCUUAAAACAUUUGUUUGCUCGGAUGUACUCUUUAGAACACACGAGCCUCUCUAUUUGCCGGUGUUGAAAAGAGAGUAAAAAAUUGAUUAGAUGGAAGUACUCAAAUCAUUAAAUGAACUCGUUUUUUUUGUUCAGUACUUUGUUUUUUUUUUUUUGUAUAAUCGUCUAGUUCAUCAACAAAGCACUAAUUAUUGUAGACAGUUAUGUAACUAUUAAUCUUUUCAUUCUAAUAUAAAAUGAAAUAAAUUGGAUCAUUGUUUUUUUUUCAAGUACAUACAAAUUCAUAAUAUUCCGAGUACUUGUAUCUAAUAUCAUUAAAAGAUGCAACAAUGUACUACUCAGUCACUAUAGCGAUAAAAAUUGUAACACAUU